ACUUGUGUGCGGUGUGACGUAUGGGAUUCCCCAAUGACAGUUCGAAAAGGAAUGAAAAAACAGCUGUUUAGAAAGGGGCGCAUGCGCUCGUUUAGGAGCCGGCUUUUGAUCUCUGCACUUCCUCUUCCUGUAACACGGCACAAUGGCGUCCGGAACCCUCUACACGUACCCAGAGAACUUCAGGGCGUACAAGGCCCUGAUCGCAGCCCAAUUUUCCGGUGCGCAGGUUAAAGUCGCCGAAGACUUUGUUCUUGGUGAAACCAACAAGUCCGAUGCCUUUUUGAAAAAAUUCCCCCUUGGAAAGGUUCCAGCUUUUGAGACUGCUGAUGGAAAAUACAUUACGGAAAGCAAUGCCAUUGCUUAUUAUGUUGCCAACGAGCAGUUGAGAGGAAAGACCGAUGUUGAACGAGCUGAGAUCGUACAAUGGUUUGGAUUUGCCGAUUCAGAGAUUCUUCCUGCUAGCUGCGCAUGGGUUUUCCCAUUACUAGGCAUCAUGCAAUACAACAAACAGACUAUCGAUCAUGCGAAGCAGGAUGUGCAUCAAGCAUUAACGGUUUUAAACUCGCAUCUGUUAACAAGGACCUACUUAGUUGGUGAACGUCUUACUUUGGCAGAUAUCAGCGUUGCUAUGACUCUGUUACAUUUAUACCAGUAUGUUCUGGAACCAAGUCUCCGAAAGUCAUUCCAAAAUGUUAACAGAUGGUUCCAGACUAUCAUUUAUCAACCAGAGUCUAUCAAAGUCAUUGGCAACUUCAAAUUGGCUGAUAAAACUAUCGCCCCAAAAAAAGAAAAGAAAGAGAAAGCCAAAGAGGCUAAGGAAGCAAAGGAACCAAAACAGGCUAAGGAGCACAAAAAGGAUACGAAAGAACCAGCUGAGCUACUUGAUGAUUUACCUGCUGAACCCAAAACUAAGGAUCCUUUCGAUUUAAUGCCUAAGGGUACCUUUGAUAUGGACAGCUUCAAGCGUUGUUAUUCGAACGAAGAUGAAUCCGUUUCAAUACCUUUUUUCUGGAAAGAAUUCGAUCCUGCACAUUACAGUAUCUGGUUUGGAGAAUAUAAAUACCCUGAGGAAUUAACAAAGGUGUUCAUGUCUUGCAAUCUCAUCGGUGGUAUGUACCAGCGACUUGAUAAGAUGCGGAAGGCAGCUUUUGCCAGUGUUUGUCUGUUUGGUGAAGACAACAACAGCACUAUCAGCGGUAUUUGGGUAUGGCGCGGACAAGAGUUGGCAUUCCCGCUCAGUCCUGACUGGCAGAUUGAUUACGAGUCGUACAAUUGGGAAAAAUUAGACCCAGCUAAAGAGGAAACUAAAAAGUUAGUACAGCAGUACUUCAGCUGGACUGGCACUGACAAAGAAGGCCGCAAGUUUAACCAAGGAAAAAUUUUCAAAUAGAGUUCCUCUAAAGCUCGAAAUAAAAUCGUUAUUUACACGAAAUAAAUAAUAAAACAAUGAACUUCCGGCUAUGAGAUUUUCCACGCAAUAUCCUCAUGAAUCCUUUGCAUAUGACAUGUCUACGAAUGCCUCAGCUUGAAAAUGAAUUACAUGUAUCCCAACAUAACACUAUAACAGUUCUGAUUUCAGAACAAUAUUAAAUCCUUUGAAUAAUUUGACUUUGACUUUUUUCCCGGCAAAGCAAGAAACCAGAACCCUCCAUUUGUAAAGUUAAGAAUGUUAUUAUUUGCAAAAUAAAACAUAUUUGCAGUAAA